GUUUAAUGGCACAGGGAAAGUUGAAGUUGGGCAAGAAUACACAUAAGAAGCAGAGAUUGCCGAGAAAGCAGAAGGUUAAUAAUAGAGCAAAUUCGAAGAAUAAGUUGGAUAAACUAAAUAAACUUAAAAUUAAAUCUCAAGCAAAGGCAAAGAUUAAUCAAACAAUUGAGAGCAUCAUGCAAGAGAGAGCCUUACUUUGCAAAGAGCAUGUUAAAAUAGAUAGAGAUAAGAUUAAAAAACUUAAGCAGGAGAAGAAAUCUGUACAAGAUAAAGACAAAAAGAAAGAAGAGAAAAGAUUGAAGAAGCUCAAGUUGUUGCAAGAAGCCAAAGAAGCUUAUUAAACUCAUUGUGAUAUUUAUC